CAGCGCGGCGGGGGAGAAGGAGGCACCGCGGCCCCUGGGGCUGCCCGCGGGGGAAGCGGCGGCCGUGCCGCGGCGCUUCUUCAAAUGCGAUGACUCAGCAGCUACAGGAUGAAUUUGACAGUAGCGUGGAGAAUGCAGAAGCUUGGAUGAAGGCCAUCCAAGAGAGACUGAGGAUCAAUGACAACACCAAAGGACCUCGAUCUGCCCUAGAAGCCAGACUGAGAGAAACCGAGAAAAUACGUGCACUGGAACCAGAAGGCAGCUUGAAAAUGGACUUGGUUCUUGUGAAGGCAGAUGCUGCUCUUCGCAGCAUCAGUGAGGAUAAGAAGCAUGAGGUACUAUCUAAACUGAGAGACAUUAAAGCCUUGUGGGAAGAGACAGCCAUAUACAUUACCCAUUGUCACAGCCGUAUUGAGUGGGUCUGGCUGCACUGGAGCGAGUACCUGAAAGCCCAAGAUGAGUUUUACACAUGGAUUCACAACAUGAGGGUGACCUUGGAACCUGACAUUGAGUUGCAGCUUGGCUUAAAGGAGAAGCAGUGGCAGCUGAGCCAUGCUCAGGUUCUGCUGAAUGAUGUCUUAAAUCAGUCAGUCCUGCUGGAAAGGCUGCUAGAGGAAGCUGCUUCCUUGUUCAGCAGGAUAGGUGACCCCAGUGUUGAUGAGGAUGCUCAGAAGAAAAUGAGAGUGGAAUAUGAAGGAAUCAGACAAGAAGCUCAGAACAGAGUGAAACUGCUUGAAACGAUAACCAAGGAACAUGAGCAGUACAGCGCCAAUGUCAACCAGUUUCAAUCGUGGCUGAAUGGGGUGACAGAAAGAUUAAACUGCUGCGUUGGAGAGGCAAACAAGUCUUCAACAGAGGACAAGUUAAAGGCACUGAAGGAAAUUGCAAAAAACAUUAGGAGUGGUGGAAAGAAAUGGAAGCACCUUGAAAAUCAGUGUGCAGAGGUGAUUGAGAAUACCUCUCCACUCGGAGCCGCGAGAUUGAAGGAUGAACUUGAAAAGCUAAGAAAAGCCUUGGAGAAGUUGAAAGUGCUAAGUAGUGAGGAGGAGGAGAGAUUGCUCAAGAUCCAGCAGUCAGAAAGUGCCUAUGAGUACCAAGCCAGACAAUUAGAAGCAGACAUCCAGGAGCUGAGAAAAGAUCUACAGAGACUAGAAAAUGACCUGGACCCUGGGGAAGGGGAAAAGACUGAAGAUGAGCUUGUAGCUCUGUGGAGAAAAUGCAAUGCAACAAGAGCAGCUCUAUCUGCAGAAGAGUCGAAGGUUGAGAGGCUGAAGGCUGAGCUUAAGGAACUGCUACGGUUUUCCCAAGAUGUGCAGCCACAUGCUGAGAGUGUUGUCUCUGCAAUACAGCAGUAUCAAAGUGUAAAAGGCAAGACUUCUAAAAUGAGCACUGAUACAGAAACCCAACUGAGAAGACUCUUCCAAAAUCCUCUGCAAAGUUUUGAACAGUGGAAGCCAUCGGUCCAGAUGCUCCUGGAGACUCCAGAGCCAGCACUGGCUCACAUUGAGGCUGCUCUAGCUGAAAGCUCCCAGUUCAAGGAGAAGUUCAUGACAUUACAGCUGAAGAAAGAUUUGCUGAACAAUGUCCUCGGUGAGGAAAAAGCAGAGUCUUUACUUCAAGAAGUAGCUGAAGCUUCAAAAGAGAGAGAAAUUCUACACAAAAGUCUGCUGCAAAGCAAGAGCAAACUCCAGAAUUUGAUAUUGCAGCAUAAGAACUUUGAUGCUGGUUUUGCACCCUUGCAGAAGAAAUUAUCUGCCAUCAAAGCCAAAUUAGAUCUAGAGAAGGAAUCACGACCUGACCUCUUGGGUAAAAAGACACAACUCCAGAGACUCCAGAUGAUCCAAGAUGACUUGGCAGAACUUGCGAUUCACAUGGAAGAGGUAGAGAAGCUUGUUCAGUCAAAUACCACACACAGGCAUGAAAUGAACCAACUUUCAUCUGACUUUCAGGCCCUGAAAAGAUCACUGGAGGUGAUGAUACAGCAGAGUGAGGAUCAUGUUCAGAAGCACUGGGCAUAUAAUGACAAACUGUCGGACCUCCAGCAAUGGAUCGCAGUAACCACGGAGAAGAUUGAUUCCUACCAGGAUGCUGAUGGAGAGCAGAACAUCGAGGGCAGGGUAGAAGACCUUGAGAGAUGGCUAGCUGAGUUUCCAGAUAAGGAGAUCCAGCUGCACCUUGUGGAAGCUCAUGGCCAGCUGGUCAUGGAGAAUUCUUCUCCAGAGGAGACUGCCCAUGUCCAGGCAGAGCUGGAUCAGCUGAAGGAGUCAUGGAAAUCACUUAAGGAGAUGGCAACUGGUCUUCUCAAAAAAUGGCAGUUAGAUAGACCAGUGGCUGAUAAGAAGAAGAAAAGAGCACUUAUGGACAGCAGAUGGAUGUCUAGACCUGCCUUCCGUCUUUUAGAUGUAGAUCCCAACCAUAAGCAGGAGAAGAUGGGAGAAAGGCAAAACACAAGCAGCCACUUGAAGCUCCUACACAACUUCGAAGAGUGGCUACAAGGAGAAAACACUGAACUGACCAAAAUUCUUGAUGGGACUCCGUCUUCCACAGAGGAAAUUAAGGCACAUCAGAGAAAACUUGAGGAGCUGCAGUCUCGUGUGCCUGAUGGUCAGCGUCAAUUUGAGGAUCUUCUUCACCUUCAUUCUGUCAUUGGAGAUUCUGAAGAUCUGGAGGACCUGCGUUACCGAUGGAUGCUCUACAAAUCUAAACUGAAAGAGUCCAUGAGUUUGCCGAUUCUUGGAUCUUGGGAAGAACCAGACAGAUUCAGAAAGAAGCGCUCUGGAGGCGUGUGUUCAUACCUGCAUCGAGUGUGCUGGGCAGCACUGCCACUGCAGCUCCUCCUCUUGCUCCUCCUGCUCCUGGCCUUCCUCCUGCCGCUGGCAGAAGAGACCCACAGCUGCACACUGGCCAACAACUUCGCUCGGUCCUUCAAGCUGAUGUUGAGAUACGAGGGCCCACCCCCAACCUAACUUCUUGGCAUGGCACGAGGUGAUGGGCAGAAAUACAGACUCUUGGUUUUUAACAAUUGCAACUAUUGUAGAUUUUAGGGCUUCUAACAGGGCUGUCAUAUCAGCUGGAUAGGUCACAUAGGUGCAGCAUAAGAUUAGUCCAAUUUAAUCAGGUAUUUGAGCAAAAUUAAUAUUUUUACAAUAUUUUAUUAUUAUAUUUAUAAUAUGUAUAUAGAGACUGUCUAUGUGUAUGUAUGUAUGUACAUAUAUGUAUAAAUGCAUAUCUGUGGUCAAACUAACAUCCAUCAUCCACUCAUUCGCUGUUUUAAGGAUAAUCCUGGGAUGUUUCUGUUUCUGCCAUCUUUCAGCAAGCAAAACUGAAGGAUGGUUUUGUUGUGGGGUUUUAUGGGUGAUUUUAAAAUCAGAUUCUUGUUUACAACUGAAGUCAGAGCACCUAUGGAAACGUGGACAUGCACCACAGGGCAGUCUGGAGAGCAGGCACAGUAGGAUCAAGUUUGAAUGCAGUGGUUGACAUUCAGCCCAAGAAAGAUUUGGACUAUCCUAUUUGAAAUCUUGAGCUGCUUUUUCAGUAUCUGGAUACAGGGAUUUCAGAAGCUAAUGGAAAUGUCGCUACUGACUUCAGUUGAAGUGGGGGUGGACCUCCUCUUGUUCUCAUUUUUUACCAGAUUUCUUUUCCAAUUACUGUGUUCUCCAGCCCACCUGAAUCAGGAGAGGUAGAAUACAGUAGGAAGAAAGUUGAGAAAAAAGAAUAUAUUUUUUUAUCAUCUGUUUAGCAGGAUAACUUUUAAAAUUAGGUCAUCGUUUUCUGAACAAAUUUGUGAGCACUGAACAAAACUUUGUAUCAUCUAUCUUGCAUAUAAAAGGCAAUGGGGUUUUCUCUGUUCUUUGUGGGGUUUUGUUUUGUGUUUUGUUUUUUGGUUGUUGGUUUUUUUUUUUUUUACUUUAUGAAAAGAGGCAUUUAGUAACGGAUCAUAAAGCCUGAACAGUGGGAUGCAGCCUGGCUCAGUUUCAGCAAAGCAAAAGUCACGGGUACUUUAAUAAUGCCACCCUGGAAACACCAUUCUUUCCUAGGAUGAUUUUAUAUUAAAGGUUUAUUGAAAUGAUGCAAACUGAUUGUAUCAAAGAGAGUCAAGUAUAAAUUUCCAUUUAGGCUAAACUCUAAAAUUAUGACAACUUGUCAUUUAUUUAGCUAACCUUAUGCCUGAUUUAUCAAAUUUUUGAAUGUACAUUUUAACAUUGCCUUUUAAUGUAAAAGCAAUUCUCACCUUAUUGUGAUGAAACCAUUCUUAGUAGUGUUUUAAUUAGUUGGUUCCUGAAAGAAAAAAUGAUUUAUACAAAUGUGUGCCAUUUUUGAGAGCUAACCCAUAGUGUCUCAUGUUUUUAGCCACAGUAGUAAUCAGGAAAAAAAAAA